AUGAUUAAACGAGUUGAUGUAUAUAAAGUGGCUCAUUCAGAAAGUGCUCAGCAGCAGCGGGGGCGCACCGCAGAGGCACCGGUCCCCGGAGGCCCCGCGGGCCACACGGUGAGAUGUGGAAUCCCCCUGCGCGAAACCGAGUCGACCUUUGUCGCCUGGCGCCGCGCGCGCUGGCUGUGCGCUGGGGCCCUGGUGCUGGCCGCCUGCCUCUUCGUCCUCGGCUUCCUCUUCGGAUGGUUUAUAAAAUCCUCCAGUGAAGCUACUAACAUUCCACCGCAUAAUGUGAAGAAAGCAUUUUUGGAUGAGUUGAAAGCAGUGAACAUCAAGACAUUCUUGUAUAAUUUUACACGGAUACCACAUUUAGCUGGAACAGAACAAAACUUUCAGCUUGCAAAGCAAAUUCAAUCUCAGUGGAAAGAAUUUGGCCUGGCUUCUGUUGAGUUAGCCCUUUAUGAUGCCCUGUUGUCCUAUCCAAAUAAGACUCAUCCCAACUACAUCUCAGUAAUUGAUGAAGAUGGAAAUGAGAUUUUCAACACAUCAUUAUUUGAACCACCUCCUCCAAGAUAUGAAAAUGUUUCAGAUGUUCCACCUUUUAGUGCCUUUUCUCCACAAGGUAUGCCAGAGGUUUGGCUUGGAAACUUCCAUGAAGAGACUUUCUGCUACAGUGAGGUGAGAAGCCACCCAUGCACUCAAGUGUGGGAAUCUAGAGAGGUCUCAGGCACUUAUACCCCCAACAGAGGAAACUCACAGAGCUGCAGACUGAGGCAGGACUUGGCUCAGAGAGCCGUCUCCUCUGGGAAAUACUGGAUUUCCUUUGGCUCCAAAAUGCUGACAAGAGUGGAAUCCUUCUGGUGGAUGGACAAGCCUGGAGAAGAUACCACCUCGUUUGUUUAAAAGUUCAAGUCUGAGUUCCAGCCCUAACAUAGAGCUUGUUGCUUUUGUGUGGAUAGAGAGGAAGCUCAUUUGUAUCUGGGGCUAGAGAAGGGAGAGGCAGCAUCUUGUAGCUCAUGUUAAAUAUUUGAGUUUUUUCAGCUUGAAAUGAGAAGGCAUUGGAAGUUGAAAACAGCAUUUGACAUGAUAUAAUUUGCAUAUUUAACUAAUCACCUUAAGUGUUCUGUGGACCCCUUGGGGGCAGGAGAAGUAGAUAGAACAUCUAAGUAAUACAGGUGAGAAUCGAUGGUUACUGACUUAGGCCAUAGUGUUGAGAAUGCACAGAAGUGGCCAAACUCAGAAUAAAUUUUGGAAAUUGAAAAUGAUAGUUUAGAUGCAGAAGGAAACAUUUUGGAGAAUCAAACCACAUCUCUCUUCCCUCUAGCUGUCCCCUACAGAAUUUCAGUAAGAUUCUGAAAUUUGAAGCACCAUGUAAAACUACAGGCCAGGAGCAAUGAAAAAGUAAGGCUUCUUUGAAGUUCUCAUUGAGGAGUAGCAAAAGCCCAUGUGUCCUCCCUAUCACCAUGCAGCUAGGCAACUCUGUGAUAGUAUAUUCUGUGGAAAACUGAAGCUGAGAGACUGAACUCCGGAUCCUCAGUGGAGGAUGGCAGUGACAUGCUUGGCUGAAAAGAUGAUUAAGCCCUGUAUUGAGAUGGUGGAACCACAUGAUGGAAGCAGACUGGAAUUACUGAGAAGGCAGCAGCCCUGGAGAGCAACUGGACCAUAGUAGAUCUCAUAUGAGCAAGGAGUAAACUUUCAUGUGAUAAGUAACUGAGAUCUUGGGGGCUUUUGGUCCUUUAAUUUAGGUCAGUUGUGGAUAUGGCAGUGCAGAGAAAUAUGGGAACUCUGAGAAACCUCUAUGAAGACAGUAGCCUGGCUCAUAUUGCUAUUUUAAAUUUUAGAACCUGAAAUUUUCCUUGUUACAUUUCAGGGAUAUCACAAUCUCUUCCCGGCAGAUACACGCUCCAAAUAGCCUAGGAUAACAAAAUGGGGGGUUUUGAAGCAAAAGAAACAAAAAUAAAUUUCAGAAAAUAUUUCUUCCACUACACUCCCUAUGUUUUCACUUCACUUUUGUACUUGAAAGAACAUUUCCUUUGCCCAAUAAAGAGAAGCAAUGUUAAAAAUACAGUUUAGUUUUACCAGUACACUGGUUCCUAAAUUAGUCUCCUUGACCUAAGUAGGCAUUUCUCAAAAGAAGAUAUACAAAUGGCCAACAGGCACAUGAAAAGAUGCUCCACAUCGCUAAUUAUCAGAGAAAUGCAAAUCAAAACCACAGAGGGGUAUCACCUCACACCUGUCAGAAUGGCCAUCAUCAAAAUGUCUACAAAUAAUAAAUGCUGGAGAGGGUGUGGAUGAAGGGGAGCCCUCUUACACUUUCGGUGGGACUGCAGAUUGGUUCAGCCACUAUGGAAAACUGUAUGGAGGUUGCUUAAGAAACUACAAAUAGAGCUACCAUAUGAUCCAACAAUCCCAUUCCUAGGCGUAUAUCUGGAAAAGACGAAACCUCUAAUUCGGAAAAAUACAUGCACACCAGUGUUCAUAGCAGCCUUAUUUACAAUAGUCAAGACAUGGAAACAAACCAAGUGCCCCUCAACCGAUGAUUGGUUUAAGAAGAAGUGAUACAUACAUACCAUGGAAUAUUACUCAGCCAGAGAAAGAUGAAAUAUUGCCACUUGCAGCAGCAUAGAUGGACCUAGAGAAUAUCAUACAAAGUGAAGUAAGACAGAAAAAGACAAAUAUAUCACUUACAUGUGUAAUCUCAAAAACAUUACAAGUGACUCUAUAUACAAAACAGAAACAGACACACAGACAUAGAAAACAAACUUGUGGUUAGCUAAGGGGAAAGGGAGCAGGGGAGGGAUAAAUGAGGGCUAUGGUAUUAACAGAUACACACUACUGUACAGAAAACACAUAAGCAACAAGGAUUUGCAAAACAAAACAAAAACAACAAAACAAAACACACAAGGAUUUGCUAUAUAGCACAGGGAACUGUAUUCAUUAUCUUGUAAUAACCUAUUAUGAAAAAUAAUCUGAAAAAAUAUGUAUAUAACAAUCACUUUUCUGUACACCGGCGACUAACACAAUAUUGCAAAUCAAGUAUACUUCCGUUAAAAAAAAAAUUAGUCUUCUUGAAAGGAUCAGGAGCUGGGGGUGGUAAUGAAGGGGGUUCAUCAAGCAAUUCUAUUGAAAAUUCUAUUUUAUUUCAAUUCAACCGGCACACUCAGUUUGGAUACCCACAAUCUGGACCACUCUUCUCAGGAAAAGAUGCCCAAAUCCAGCUGUUCUUCCAUGUCCAGUAAGUUUUUGCUAUACUUAAUCUUGGAAAAGCAAGGGACAUUGACAAUGACAAUUACAUAGAGGCAAGGAUAGAGCCACCUUUGUUCUCACUGCCAUGAUCUCUCCUAGGCCUCUCUCCACUUCUGAAAAAUAACAAUCACGAGUCCAGUGUAUAUUCAUCAAGUUUGUAGACAAAAGGCUGUGAAACCGAAAGUAGUAUGUCGUGUUGGUUUAACAACUUACCCCCACCAUCACCUUUUAGAAGAGUCAGUAUUACAUCACAGGUGCUCAAUAAGUGCAGCUAUAGAUAUGUGCUUGGCGGGUGAAGGAGAGAGAAUAUGACCCAGAACUUGAUACAGUAUUAUUCCUCUUCAAAAUAAAGUCCUCUCAAUAUGCUGAAAUGGAGUCCUCUCUGGACGCCUCCUGCCCCUUGCACUGACACCUGCCAUGAUGCCUUCUCUC